AUACAAUCGGACCGGCAGUCUACUGCAAUUGCAAUUCCAAGCACUCACAAGAUGCAUUUGCCUACUCUGUUGUUAUUGUUCACGGCCGUCUAUGAUACUCUUGCAACCGGCGAUAUCAGCGCUAUUAGCGACAUCAGCAGCAUAACCAGUGGUACAUUGAAAUGCAGCAAGUCCAAGGCAUGCCCAAGAGGAUGUUGUUCCAAGAGCGGUGUUUGCGGAACAGGUCCCGACUUCUGCUCACCGGAUAAUUGCGUGUCGAAUUGCGAUUACAAGAGUGAAUGCGACCCAGGAUGGGGUAUGAAGUGGUCGAAUGAGUCGACCUGUCCGCUGAAAGUGUGCUGUAGUUCAUUUGGUUUUUGCGGGACAACCGCCGAGUUCUGCGGAGACAAGACAGUGCCAUCCCCAUCCUGCAGUGGAAGAUCAUCGGACAAGCGCACAAUGGGCUACUUUGAAGGCUGGAAUGGGGAGAGAAAAUGCGGUCAGAUGAAGCCAUCCGACAUCCCACUGGGCUACUAUACCCAUAUUAACUACGCGUUCGCCUACAUCGACCCCAAGACCUUCCGGAUCGCCCCCAUGGCAUCUGAUGUCGCGGCACUCUAUCAAAACAUCACGCAGCUGAAAGCCAGACAGUCUGAUCUCCAGGUGUGGAUUUCCAUCGGCGGUUGGGACUUUAGCGACAGUGAUAAACCGACCGCGUCGACAUUUUCAGAUUUGGCUGGCUCGGAGUCUGCACAAAAGGAGUUUGCUGCUUCCUUGAUUACGUUUAUGGAAAAUAACAAUUUCGACGGUGUCGAUAUUGACUGGGAAUAUCCCGUCGCAGAAGAGCGAAACGGGAAAGCCAGCGACUUUAAAAACUUUCCCAAAUGGCUUUCGAAUCUGCGCAAGGCACUGGAUGAAAGCAGCACCUCCUUUGGGCUGUCGAUUACGAUUCCCUCCUCCUACUGGUACAUGCAGCAUUUCGACAUCGUCAAGAUAGACCCCUACAUCGACUGGUUCAACGUGAUGACCUACGAUCUGCAUGGGACCUGGGAUGCUCACGAUCGCUUCAUCGGCUCCAAUGCCCUGGCCCAUACCAACCUGACGGAAAUCGAACAGACGCUGGAUCUGCUCUGGCGAAACAACAUUGACCCGGCCCGAGUGAAUUUGGGUCUAGGGUUUUAUGGGCGGAGCUUUACGAUGAAAGACUCAUCCUGCAUGAAAGCCGGCUGCCCGUUCACGGGAAGCGGGACUCCAGGCCGCUGCACCAAUACAGCAGGAAUCCUGUCUGACGUCGAGAUACGAGAAAUCAUCGCAAGUGGAGCCAAGGUCACGCUGGACUCGGAAGCCGCAGUGAAGAUUGUGACCUGGAAUAAUACGCAGUGGGUAUCGUAUGACGAUGCACAGACGAUGAAGAUGCGCAUCGACUUUGUCAACAAACACUGUCUAGGCGGGACCUUUGCUUGGGCGAUUGAUUUGGACGAUAAGAAUGGGACGACAAUCAACCAGCUGGGAUCGGAUUUGAGUAGGAAGAAGUCGGUCAUUCUCAAUGCUACGAGUGGACCUGGCGAUUCGGAUCUGGCAUGGGGGUUGGUUACGCAGAAUUAGAUAGCGUCAGAUUAUACGAAAUACAACGUCGCUGGAAUUGUGAUUGGUUUCAAUCUAAUUAAUUGUCGGCCUGAAGCAUAACAU